UCCGCCAGUCAUCAAGGCAUGAGGCACAGGCACAGCACAUGCGGAUCUGCACCCCGCGUCUCAGGUUCCUCCACGCACAGCGAUGGGAGCACCUGGUCCUGAGGAACGGGGAGCCGAUACCAGCAGCACCUCUUGAUGAAAGAAAUAGCUGAAGACCCUGCCAGAAGCCCAGAAUCACUGGUCCAGCAGCUCAGGUGUGCGAGAUUCCCCAAAUUCCUUCCAGCUCCCACUUUGGGUCAUACAACGCUCCCAGGAAGUCUCAGAGACACAAACAUCAUUUCCUAGACUUUUGUCCUUCUUACCCCAACAAGUGCUGGGGAAGAUGAAAUCCGACGGGCUGGGUGGGCCCGGACAAACAGCUGUCUCAGGGAGGGUGAUCUGCAACAAGCCUGAGGACAGCGAAGCCCUCAAGGCCAAGAACUGCAAAGACAAGGCUAAGGUGUCAAAGUCCGGCGACAGCGCUGGGCCCACCAAAGCUAGGAUGGCUGCCAGACCAAAGCCUGAGCUCAACGGCACUCCCAAGGGAGAGGUCUUACGACGGGAAAACUCAGCAGCAAGCAGCAGCUCCAUAAGUGGGCUCCGGGAGCCGAACGGUACCAAGGAGAAGAAACCAAUCCCAGGUACUAGGCCCAAGGCCACGGGUGGUGCUACCACAGGCCAGCCAAAGUCCACAAAGACCAAGAGGAACAUGUCUGGGAAGGAGCCACUGCAGAGCGCUGAUGUGGCAGUGGCCACACCCCCUCUAAGUACCCCUACUUCUGGCAGCGUCUCACCUGAGAACAACUCAAGUAGCCCUCGCAGUGGAACGCCAGGUCAGGAAAGCCAUUCCGGUCACAGGCCAAAGACCACUGCAAAGGCAUCACCCAGGUCCCCCGUGACAAAGAUGCUGCAGAAGUCCGAUUCCACCAAGACGAACAGUACUGUGAGCAAGGCAAACGCAAAGGAGGCCGGCAGGUCCAAGCCCCCAGCAGCAAGCCGCACGGUCCAGGGGUCCCGAGCAGAGCUACGAGGGAGGAACACAUCCACCUCACAGGGAGAGAGCCUGGGGGUCAAGCCAGCUUCCACGGGGAAUAGCAAGAAGCCUGCAUCACCAAGGAAAGAGGAGGGCAGGGAGAGCCCUAAGAUGUCAGCUGGAGACCAGCUGAUCUCUGAAGUUUCUAAAAAGAAGCUGGCAAAGGCCACAGCUGCUGCUGCAGCCGAUGCUAAGACUAACGGGAGGUCUAGUAAAACUCACAAUCUGGCGGGAGGCAAAGGGUCCCCAAGGCAGAAAGGUGUCAACGAGUCGCCCACACCAAAGGGCUCUCCCAAAUCAAUGGCACAUGAGAAACACCCUCCUGCUGGGCCCAGGAAAGAUUUAGCAAAAGCCAAGGAGACUUCAACCCAGAAAGGUGCAGCCAGCAGAUGUGUGGGGCCCAACUCUCGCGGGCCCAUCACCGAGGAAUCACGGAAAGCAGCACUGGAGCAAGGUGAGAGAUCACCCUCCAUAACCACCUGCCAGAGCUCAGGUAACAGCCAGGGAACACCUCUCCAGACAGAUGUGACCAGAGAUCAGAGCAAGGUCCUUCCCACAAACCAUUCCAUGCACAUGGAUGCAGAUACAGCCACAGAAGGGAAGCUUGGGCCGCAGACUCCAGGUUACGUUCCCACAUCCUGCUGUCCAAAUGUACCCAAGGACAAAGAUGCAGUGAUGACUCCAGGCAGCGUAGAGGGAUCUGAGACCCCUCUGGAGGACUCCUGGAGUGGCCUACACCAUCAGGUCAGUCCUGAGUCAGAGUCUGCCAGUGCUGCCACCACCUCCUCGGAUGAUAUUAAGCCUCGCUCGGAAGACUACGACGCAGGCGGUUCUCAGGAUGACGAUGGGUCCAAUGACAGGGGCGUCUCCAAGUGUGGCACCAUGCUGUGCCACGACUUUCUGGGCCGCAGCAGCAGCGACACAAGCACGCCCGAAGAGCUGAAGAUGUAUGACGCGGGGCUACGAGCCGAGUUGCGACUGCGAGCCCGUGAGGCCGGAGACCCUUUCCAUGGCCACUCAACCAGCGAGGAAGAGGUGCCCCGCCACCGGCCACGGUCUUGGCUCCGCCACAAUGAUGCACCCGUUGAAGAGGAGGCAUGCGAGGAGGACACUACCGUCACCGUCAAAAACAUUCCAGACCACCAGCUGUUCUCGUCUGAUGAGGAGGAGGAGACAGAGGACGACCGCUCAGAAAUGGAGGUCCCAGAGGAGGCCCCGCUGCCCUCUGCUGAUCUCUCCCCUCGGCAAUUCCAAGGCAUCGUCAACCUGGCCUUUGAGGACAUCGGCGAGCAGGAGAACGAACCAGCAGGCUACCAGUCGGCCUCUAACUUCCGCCGCUCCGUGCUGCUUUCUGUCGAUGAAUGUGAGGAGCUAGGAUCUGAGGAAGGAGGGGCACAAACUCCUCCACACCACCCCAACAGCCUCGCCCCGCACUGUGAUGUGUUCGAUGGCACCAACCUUGACCGGGCCAAGACUGCUCAUGGCUCCUCCCACUCCACAGCAAAGCAGGGCCCAGAAAGCACAUUGCACAAGGACAAUGGUGUGGAGCAGGAGCACAAGCACUCCUUGUUCCUGACAGAAGUGCGGGAGACCCCGCAGGAGGAACGUGAUCCCACGGAGCCCAGUGACCUCCGGCCUCAGGAGAGGCCCUGCCAUCUUGACCUCCAGUGCAGCGAGCAGUAUGCAGACGCUCCUCCACGGCGGAUCCCUUCGGCAGGACUCUCGGACGGCAAGAAACAGGACUCACAUCCUGACUUGUGCGACCAGCAGUCAGCAGAGAGCAUCCUUUCCACCCAAGCCCCGCCUUCCCCAGCAGGGGACUUACAUGAUUGUGAGAGAUUGGAUCAAAGCUGCACGUAUGACCGCCGCCCAUCCAAAGCCCUCUCCCCCAUCUACGAGGCGGAUGUGGGGGAGGCCUUUGAGCAGAGCUUGGACGCGGACAGGUGCAAUGUGGGCCGGCCCCUGGAGCCGCAGGAAGAGGACGAGGAGGAGAAGGAGCAGGAGAAGGAGGCGGACGACGAUAACGAAGAUGAUGGGAGCAGCCAUUUUGCAGAGCGGGACUGGACGCUGCUCCGUCAGCUGCUCUCGGAGCAGGAGUCCAACCUGGGGAUCAUUAACUGCGUCCCUGAGGACCUGAACCUGGCGCAGUACCUGAUCAAGCAGACGUUGGCACUGUCGCGUGACUGCCUGACCCCGCCCCUGGAGCAGGAGACCUUCAAGAGGUGGGCGGAGCUCAUUUCCCCUCUGGAGGACUCCGGAACCAGCAUCACCGUGACCAGCUUCUCCCCAGAGGAUGCCGCCUCACCCCAGGGAGAGUGGACCAUCGUGGAGCUGGAAACUCACCACUGAGUCGGAACAGGAUGGGGAAGGGGUGGGGUUAGGGCUCUUGAGGCAGUGCCAUGGAGGCGGGGCCUUUGAGCUAGGGGUCCGGCUCCAGUUUGCCUUCUGAAGGACUUCAUUUGUAUCACAAUGGGACUGGGACUGGGACUGGAACUGGCCACAUGGGACAUUUCUUUCCUUUUGCUGGUUUUGUUUGCUUUUCCGACGAACCUUAGAUUCGGGCUUUUUUCGGCGAGCGGACACUCCUCAUUUCCCAGCGUUCUCCUUCCAAGCACAAAGCCUGACUCAUAGUGGACAUUCAAAGAACUCAUCUGCAUGUGCAUAAUUUCUGUAUGUUUGACUGUUUACUUGAUGUUGCUUCAGUUACAUAGGCAGGACAAGGCAUACCUCUCAAAUUACCGAUCAGUUUGCCGCCAGACACGGUAUCAAAUGAUUUAAACCUGUCAAUUUGCAUUUAUUGUAGCAUUUAAAGCAAAAUAAAAUGUGUGGUUAUGAAAGAACAAAAGGCCAACAAGGUUGUUGUAGCCUGUCGUAUAUCUUGCUCUGGGGCAAGAUUUCAGUAUCUGUAGGUGGUGCACAAAAGCAGUUACUGAAGGGAUGAGCCACGCACAAUGAGUGGCAUCAUAAGUUAAUGAAAAAAUCUGAAAUACCUGAUAUACCCUUUCUUGGUAAUAACGCAAUCUUGUCGCAAACUUCAGUCACUGCUUAAGCAGCAUGUGGUGUAUGAGGAAUGGAAAAAUGUCGUCAUAUGGAAAUUUUCAUCGCCGUAUUUGCAUUGUACAAG